CACUGAUCAAAACCGUGAACAUUUGAGCCGCAGAUUCACGAGGAGACAGAAAGAGGACAAUAAAGUGAAAUAAUAAAGUAUAUAAAAGAGGGAAUAAAGAGACGAGAGUCUGACGGAGGAGGGAUGAACCAGCUGGAGUGUUCAAGAGACGAGGAGGACCAGGAAGAGACAGAGUGUCACCAUGACAACAGUGACGGGACCAACAACAACAACAACAACAACCGACGCAAGACGGUGUGUCCAGGUGUAGGUGAACAUCCCCUCCAGUAUAACUACACCUUCUGGUACAGCAGAAGAACUCCGAGUCGUCCUGCAAGUUCUCAGAGUUACGAACAAAACAUCAGACAGAUCGGCAGCGUGGCAUCGGUGGAGCAGUUCUGGAGGUUUUACAGUCACCUGGUGAGACCAGGUGACCUGAGUGGACACAGUGACUUCCACCUGUUCAAGGAGGGAAUCAAACCCAUGUGGGAGGAUGAUUCUAACCGCAGUGGGGGGAAGUGGAUCAUUCGUCUCCGUAAAGGUUUAGCCAGUCGAUUCUGGGAGAACAUCAUACUGGCCAUGAUGGGAGAGCAGUUCAUGGUGGGAGAAGAGAUCUGUGGAGCAGUGGUCUCCAUACGCUUCCAGGAGGACAUCUUGUCGAUCUGGAACAGAACAUCCAACGACCAAACAACAACAUCCAGAAUCAGAGACACUCUCAGACGAGUUCUGAACCUUCCAGCCAACACCAUCAUGGAGUACAAGACCCACAACGACAGUCUCAGGGACAACUCGAGCUUCAGAAACACCAAGAUUUCUCUCUGAAGAAGAACGUCACUCUUGUCCAAUCGGGAGGCAGAUGGAUUACAGUGUGUGUGUGUGUGUGUGUGUGUGUGUGACUGUAAUGUAAUGUUCACUGUGGACCAAUAAACUGACAGAACUGAGGUUGUGUCCCUGUUUUCUUGUUUCCAGCAUUGAUUAGUGAUCAGCAGCAUCACAGUGAGACCAGUACUAGUACUGGCACCAGUACCAGUGCUAGUACUGGUACUAGCACUGGUACUUUUGUUUUAUUUGUUCCAAUAAAAUGUAAUUUUCUGUUAAUUCCUCGUUUAGUCUUUUCCCAUCUUAUGAAGUAUUUAAGUGAUGUGUGACAAUGGGAAAUACAAAGUAGAUGUACUUUGUAUUAAGUGAUAAAUACAUCGAUGAAGUCAGUACAGUUCUGAAGUUACAAAGUAAUUAUAUUCAGGAAUAACAAGAACGAGGAUAAAUUGCAUUCUGCCCUCUGGUGGCUGAGAAGGUUCGCUCACCUUUACUCAACACGGAUCAGAACACAUUACACUGAACUGCACUUCAUGUGAUCUCUGAACCACGUAGAAACAGAACAAAUUACCUCCAAUAAAAGCAGCUUCAUCAACACACUGUGUAUGUGUUGUCUUCGGUUCUGAGCGGUCAGAGUGCCGUUGAGCCAGGCACUUCUCCUGAAUGAGUCAUUACAUUUCCAUCUGAGCAGCACUUUGACCCAGCUGGCACCAUCCCAGUAUUCAAACCCAUGCAGGCUCUUCUUCAGGCAAGUUAGUGCAGGUCUAAUCUUGCCUCUAUUCCUGGCCCCAGACCAGCUGGGAGCUGUGAUCUCAGAGGAUGGACGUAAUCCAGAUCAGGAUUAACAGAUCAGCCUCCACCAAUGGAACCGACCAGCGCACACUGCAGCACUAGAACUCUGCACAUACACUAGAACUCUGCAGCACUAGAACUCUGCAAAUACACUAGAACUCUGCAACCCUGCAGAACCCUAAAACACUGCAGAACUCUAAAACACGGCAGAACCCUAAAACUCUGCAGAACCCUAAAACAGCAGACUUCUGCAACCCUGCAGAACCCUAAAACAGCAGAACCCUGAUACACUGCAAAACACUGCAGAACCCUAAAACACUGCAGAACUCUGAAACACUGCAGAACCCUAAAACACAGCAGAACCCUGCAACCCUGCAGAACCCUAAAACACAGCAGACCCCUAAAACACUGCAGAACCCUAAAACACUGCACAACUCUAAAACACUGCACAACCCUAAAACACUGCAGAACCCUAAAACAUUGCAGAACCCUGAGACACUGCAGAACCCUAAAC